AUAGUCAUACACGGUAUUUAGUCGUACCACGUUUCGACAAAUUCGGACGCCGCCAAUGCGUGAUUAAAAUCGGACAAACGUUCCCAUAUUUUAGUUUAAAGAAUACAAUAGAAUAAUGUCUAGUGCAGGAGACUGGUGCUUGAUUGAAAGUGAUCCGGGUGUUUUUACGGAGCUCAUUAAAGGAUUUGGCUGCCAUGGUGUUCAAGUAGAAGAAAUCUGGAGUUUGGAUGAAGACACAUUCAGAAAUCUCAAGCCAGUUCAUGGUCUCAUAUUCCUGUUCAAGUGGGUGCCAGACUCAGAACCAGACGGCUCCAUUGUACAAGACAGCAGACUGGAGAAGAUUUUCUUCGCUAAGCAGGUAAUCAACAAUGCGUGUGCCACACAAGCUAUCCUCAGUAUUCUACUCAACUGCUCGCACCCAGACAUGAGGUUAGGCGAAACAUUGUCAGCCUUCAAAGAAUUCUCACAGAAUUUCGACCCAUCUUUACGAGGUCUCAGUUUGAGCAAUUCUGACGUCAUCAAACAAGUCCACAACAGUUUCUCCAGACAGCAGAUGUUCGAGUUUGAUGAGAAGCAGUCAAAGAAGGACGACGAUGUCUUCCAUUUUGUUGGCUACAUACCUAUAGACGGCCGUCUCUAUGAGCUUGAUGGUUUGAAGGAGGGACCAAUAGACCUAGGUGCAGUGCCUGAUUCUGCGGACUGGCUAGAGCUGGUAAAGCCUAUUCUAGAGAAGCGUAUGCAGAAAUACAGUUCUGAUGAGAUCCACUUUAACCUGAUGGCAAUCGUAUCUGACAGACGGAUGAGCUAUGAGAGACGAAUACAGGAGCUAUGUGCACAGGCAGAGAUAGGGGGUAUGGAGACUGAUCUGAUCAAGUCCCAGAUCAGUGAACUGAGGAUGUUAGUGUCGGAUGAAGAGAGGAAGAUGAAGAAAUACCAGGUUGAAAACAUAAGAAGAAAGCACAAUUACCUUCCUUUCAUAAUGGAAUUGUUAAAGAUACUGUCCGAGAAUGGUCAGUUACUUCCCUUGGUUGAAAAGGCAAAAGAAAAAGCAUCCAAACAAAAGGAGGCCAAGGCGGGGAAAUGAUUUACAAGAUUAAUUGUUGAUUUUUUUUGGACCAGACGUUUUAGCUAGCAAGAACUAUCCAGGAUUACAGGAUUACAAGAUAGUAUACGCAAACUGUCACUAAUGUUGUUGACUGUUAGUGAGAUAAACCUCUAAUGACUGCAAUAUUCUG